GUAAGCCCCUGACCAAUCAGCGCUGCCGUAAUGAAUGCUUUAGAAAUAGCUACUUUCUUGGUAAAGAAUAUUUUCAAAAAAAAGUUUGUCUUUGUUUUCAAUAUUUCUCAAUAUAAACAUUAAGGUUAUUUUAAAAAGAUCAUGAGUAAGUAAUGUAUUGAACGUUUGAAAAGCCCUUAAAUGCUGCAAAUCUCAAGAAAGAAGCUACACAACAAUGGCGCUGCGCACAUGUAAACCAGUUUAUACCAGUUUGAACCGAAUUUUCUGCGUCUGAUGGCUACCUUACCUCGACGACGGGCGUAAAGAUUUCCUAGCUGAUGUUAGUUCCUCAACAAAUGUUGCACAAUAUGGAGGAUGCACGGAAACUGUUGGACUUCAGCCAGAAAUUGGACAUCACCCUGUUGGACAGGGUGGUGUCGUGCCUGUACAAUGGCUCCGGCGAACAGCAACGCGAGGCUCAGUACAUCCUGACGACGCUGAAGGAGCACAUGGACGCGUGGACGCGCGUGGACACCAUCCUCGAGUUCUCCACCAACCAGCAGACCAAGUAUUACGCGCUGCAGAUCCUCGAGCAGGUGAUCGAGACCCGGUGGCGCGCGCUGCCGCGAAACCAGUGCGACGGCAUCCGCAAGUACAUCGUCGGCCUCAUCAUCAAGAUCUCAUCGGUGCCGGAGAACCUGGAGCGCGAGCGGGUGUACCUGCGUAAACUCAACUUCAUCCUGGUCCAGAUCCUGAAGCGCGAGUGGCCGCGCAACUGGGACUCUUUCAUCACAGACAUCGUCGGCUCCAGCAAGGCCAACGAGGCGCUCUGCCACAACAACAUGCACAUCCUGGCACUGCUCUCCGAAGAGGUGUUCGACUUCAGCGCCGGCAAGCUGACCCAGGCCAAGGCCAAACACCUCAAGGACACAAUGUGCUCAGAGUUCAGCCAGAUAUUCCAGCUCUGUCAGUUUGUGAUGGAGACGUCUCAGAACGCGCCUCUGGUGGGCGCCACACUCGACACCCUGCUGAGGUUUCUCAACUGGAUUCCUCUCGGCUACAUCUUCGAGACCAAACUCAUCAGUCUGCUCAUCUACAAGUUUCUGAACGUGCCCAUGUUCCGUAACGUGACGCUGCAGUGUCUGACGGAGAUCGCCAGCGUCACAGUGGCCAGCUACGACGAACAGUUUGUCCAGCUCAUCACACAGACCACCGCGCAGCUCGAGCAGAUGCUGCCGGUGAACACCAACAUCCGUGAGGCGUACGCGCACGGCCAGGACUCUGAACAGAAGUUUAUCCAGAACUUGUCCGUCUUCCUCAGCGUCUUCCUGCGGGAACACGGCAGCCUCGUGGAGAAAAAGGCGCCAGAGACGCUCGACCGGGCGCUCACUUACCUGGUGCUCAUCUCAGAGGUGGACGAGACGGAGAUAUUCAAAAUCUGCCUCGAGUACUGGAACGUGCUGGCCGGCGACCUGUACCGAGAGAACCCGUUCACGGCGCCCAACAACCCGUUCCCGUUCAUGGCCCGCGUCGGCAACCAGCCGCAGGGCCGGCGGGCGCUCUACAGCGGCGUACUCACCAAGAUCCGGUACAUCAUGGUGGGUCGCAUGGCCAAGCCGGAGGAGGUGCUGGUGGUGGAGAACGACCAGGGCGAGGUGGUGCGCGAGUUCAUGAAGGACACGGACGCCAUCAACAUGUACAAGUCGAUGCGGGAGACGCUGGUGUACCUGACCCACCUGGACUACGUGGACACGGAGCGCAUUCUGACGGAGAAGCUGCAGCGCCAGGUCAACGGCACAGAGUGGUCCUGGAAGAACCUCAACACGCUGUGCUGGGCGAUCGGCUCCAUCUCAGGCGCAAUGCACGAGGAGGACGAGAAACGUUUCCUAGUCACCGUCAUACGCGACCUGCUCGGACUCUGCGAACAAAAGAAGGGCAAAGACAACAAGGCCAUCAUCGCCUCCAACAUCAUGUACGUCGUCGGACAGUACCCGCGCUUCCUCAAGGCGCACUGGAAGUUCCUCAAGACGGUGGUCAACAAGCUGUUCGAGUUUAUGCACGAAACGCACGACGGUGUCCAAGACAUGGCGUGCGACACAUUCAUCAAGAUCGCCCAGAAGUGCCGGAAGCAGUUUGUGACGAUCCAGGUCGGAGAGGUGUGGCCGUUCAUUGAGGAGAUUCUGGGCGCCAUCAGCACACACAUCUGCGACCUACAGCCACAGCAGGUACACACGUUCUACGAGGCGGUGGGCUACAUGAUCGCCGCCCACCCGGACCCCAGCAUCCAGGAGCACCUCAUGGAGAAGUACAUGUCGCUGCCCAACCAGGUCUGGGACGACGUCAUCAACCAGGCCAGCAAGAACGUGGACAUCCUGAAGGACCAGGAGGCCGUCAAGCAGCUGGCUAACAUCCUGAAGACGAACGUGCGGUCGUGCACGGCUGUCGGUCACCCGUUCGUCAUACAGCUGGGCCGCAUCUACCUCGACAUGCUGAACGUCUAUAAGGUGAUGUCGGAAAACAUCAGCGCGGCCAUUGCGCUCAACGGCGAAACGGUGACGCGGCAGCCGCUCAUCAAGAUGAUGCGCGUCGUCAAAAAGGAGACUCUGAACCUGAUCUCGGUCUGGGUCGGCAAGAGCGCGGACAACCAGAUGGUUCUGGAGAACUUCAUUCCGCCGCUGCUGGAUGCCGUGCUGCUCGACUACCAGCGCACGCCAGUGGCCUCGGCGCGCGAGCCCGAGGUGCUCAGCACCAUCACCGUGAUCGUCAACAAGCUCGGCGACAGCGUCACCCCGCAAAUCCCAAAGAUCUUCGACGCCGUCUUCGAGUGCACACUGAACAUGAUCAACAAAGACUUUGAGGAGUACCCGGAGCACCGUACAAACUUUUUCAACAUGCUACAGGCGGUGAACCAGCACUGUUUUUCGGCGUUUGUGGCCAUCCCGGCGGCGCAGUUUAAGCUGGUGCUCGACUCGGUCAUCUGGGCAGUGAAGCACACAAUGCGGAACGUCUCCGAGACCGGACUGCAGAUCUUGCACCAGAUGCUGUUGAACGUGGCGCAGCACGACAAGAUGUCUCAGGAGUUCUACCAGACGUACUACACGGUGAUCCUGCACCACCUGUUCACCGUGAUGACGGAUACGUCGCACACGGCCAACCUGACGCAGCACGCCACCAUCAUGGCCUACAUGUUCAGCAUCGUCGAACAGGGCAAGGUGUCUGCGGUGCUGAACAGCACGGCGCCACCGCCGGCCGACCCACAGGCGCUCAUCGUCUCCAACAUCACCUACAUCAAGGAGUUCGUGGCCAACCUGCUCAAGACGGGCUUCCCGCACUUCACCGACAACCAGAUCAAGAUCACCGUGCAGGGUCUGUUCGAUCUCAACCAGGAUCUGAGCGCCUUCAAGGAGCACAUCCGGGACUUCCUCGUACAGAUAAAGGAGUUCACCGGGGACGACGCCGACCUGUACCUGGACGAUCGGGAGGCAGCGCUGCGGCGCGCCCAGGACGAAAAGCGCAAACAGCAGGCAGCCGUGCCGGGCAUCCUCAACCCGCACGAAAUCAGUGAGCAGAUGCAGGACUGAACGCGGGCCGGACCCUCAUACCCGGCCCCACACAGCCAGCCAAGAGCGAGCGACUGAGCGAGCGUAACUUAUGUGACUGCGUGCCGCGGACUGCGCCGUGCGAGAGGAGCUGCGCGGCCGCGCCGCCGCCGCCGCCGCGCGCUACAGCGUCGUUACAAGACGCCACCGGCCGGCGGCGGCCUCUCUGUGAUUUUACACUAGUGGAUUAUUUCUGCGUCGCUUUGUUAGGUAUUUUUUUUAGGAUUCAUCUCUUUCCAGUGUGCGUGGAGUGUGGAGCGGCCAAGUUUGCUUGUUGCGUUACCCGUUGCCGGUGCGGCCCGUGUUAGUGUGUCUGUGUGCACGCCGCGCGGUGCGGCGCGGCGCCCGUCUGUCCGUCUGUCUGUCUCUGUGCCACGGGUCCGGGCCGCUCGCCGGUCUCCAAAGAUACGUGUCAGAUGUGUUUCUUUCACAGCGUGAGGUCGGAACAGGCGGCGCCACGGAAAUAAUAGGUUUUGUACAAAAUACAUAGCUGUCACCUGCCCGUCCCA